AUGCAUUCCGGCGCUCUCGCUCUUCUCGCUGUCUGCGCCUCUCUUGUGGCUGCCACUGAGCCCAGCCUUGUCACUUCGACCACCACCACGACGCGUAUUCUCACCGUCACCCAAUGUGUCCCUUCUGCCACAAAUUGUCCGGUGAGCGAGACCGCUGCUGUCUUUGCUCCCACCUCGGGCAUCCCUUCAGGCACCGCCUCCAGCACCACCUCAACCCCAGCGGUUGAGACGCCUGUCGAGACAUCUGUGUUUCUCCCUGCUCCCUCCAGCUCUACUUUCUUCCCAGCCUCCAACACCACUCUUCCAGUCGGCCCAACCGGGACUACCAACGGCCCAGGAAAUCCUACUGGACCUAUGGUCGUCCCUACCGCCGCCGCCAACGAUUUACAUGUUCAGACCGGUGCUGUUGCGGCCGUCGUCGCCGCCGUCAUUGCUAUGGCCUGCUAG